AAGCUUCAGGUUUUGCAAGCUACGAGUUCAACACAAGCUUCGAAACGUUCGUUUUUCGUUAUCUGAGGCAAGCUUGUCAGAGCUGGUCGGAAAUGCCGGUAGAAGGCUCAGACUCGCUGUGGGAUUUGGCUGCGGCGGAGGUCCGGAGUCGGGAGAGAGGAGGUGGGGAGGAGGACGGAGGAGAAGCGGUCAGCGAAAGGACCGUGUUUCUGAUGGGGAGUAAGAACGGGGGUAAAACGUCGAUUCUCCUCAGAUGCCUCGACAGGGAGGAACCACCCAAACCAACUUUAGCUCUGGAAUACACUUUCGGCAGAAGGACUCGAGGACACAACGCACUCAAAGACAUCGCACACAUAUGGGAGUUGGGAGGAGGGAUAUCUUUGUCAGAACUGGUUCAGAUCCCCAUCACACCUCUAAGUGUCAGAUCUCUCUCUGUCAUCCUGAUCUUGGACCUGUCUAAACCCAACACCCUGUGGAGAACUAUGGAAAAGCUGUUGCAGGAAGCACAAGCUCAGGUGGAGAAGGCGUUUUCCCUGGUGCAGCGAGCAGAGAAAGCUGGAGUCAAACACCAGGCAUCUAUUCGAUCAGCAGCGCACAUCUUUCCUAAAGAUUAUCCUGACAGAGAGCUCAUCAGUCCCUUUCCUGUUCCUUUGCUCAUCAUUGGCAGCAAGUAUGACAUCUUUCAGGAAUUUGAUUCUAACAAGAAGAAAGUAAUCAGUAAAACACUGAGAUUCAUAGCCCACUAUUACGCAGCUUCUCUCAUUUUUUCUAGCAUCAAGUCUGAGAGCCUAAUGUCAAAAUCCAAGAACUUCUUCUCCCACCUGGCAUUUGGUAUAGACAGAGGGGAAACUGUGUCAUGUGACUACACUAAGCCUCUGAUCAUCCCUGCAGGCUCAGACUCCUUCAGCCAAAUAGGCUCCCCUCCCACUGAGAAUGUGGACAUUACUUCUUUACGUGCAAAAAACCCAAAGGACCUGUGGAAGAAAGUCUACGAGCAUGUCUUUCCUGAUGAGAGUACUCAUGAGCAGAGAGAGCUGAAGGAUCCAGCCAAAGACCCGCAGUACAGUGAGCUUCAGAUCGAUGCCAUGCGCGCCCAAAAAGACCAGGAGUUGGAGCAGAAUAAAAGAAAUGCAGCAAAGUUGUGGAAAGGACUGGAGCUGGAGCCAUAAAGAACAAAAUGGCUUUAUGGUCCUACAUACACAACAGUGGUCACAUUCCAAACCUUUUCCAUCAAUUCCAGCUUUGGAAGUUUAAUAAACAAAACACUAAAAUCGGGUCACCUCAACACACUCGACUGGCCGACAAAUUUGGUUAUAGAAUUAACAUAGCAAACGUGUCUAGCUCAUUUUUCUUUCUGGUUUGCAUGAGUUACACUUAGGGGAAAAAAAAAAAAUCCAGGUUAAAAAUGACCGCAUUUCAAAUUGAACAAAAAUGACAAUUUCUCCCUUGUUAUGGUAAUUUGGGAAUCCACCCUCUGGUUGGGGAACCACUGCACAAUUUAUUCCCAGGCAUUUACACUGACACUAUUUAUUUACUUUUGCUUUAAUAUUUGUAUAGAUUUCAUAACUUGUAUAACUGUCUUUGAAACUAUUUGAAAUCCAGCAAAGUUAUCAUGUACUGAUGACAAAGCUAUUUUAGAGAAAUAAAGUUGGAAAAUACUUA